AUGGAUGCUUCUAAGGAGGCGCCUGUGGUUGGCAAUGAAGGGGAUAAUGUUGCUGCUACUGUUGUUGCUGACAUUGAUCUUAACCAAGAUGAGUUCUUGGAUGACCUGGAGAUCAAUGGCAGUGAAGCUAAAGCUAAGGCUGGUGCUGAUAAUGAGGAUGAGGCCAAUACUAACGAGGAAUGUUCUCAUUGGGAGCAGCAGUGCUGCAUCCAAAACUUGGAGGCUGACUCUGCCCAGCUCAAGACCUUGAUUGAGGAGCUGAUCAAGGAAGUGCAGCUGAUCCCUAAGGGCACCUCCAACUUCAUUCUAGACCUGCAGAACACUCUCAAGUUCGUGCAAGGGCAGCUCAACAAGCAUCAGACUCUCAUCUCCCAGCUUCAGGCUCAGUACAAGGAGAUCCGGCGUGGCAACAUCUAUCAGCCUCCUCCUGCAGCUGAGCGUGCCGCAGCUUCCACCAAUAGCCGUGCUGAACCUGCUGUCACACCUUCUGAUGUCUCCCCUACUGCUGGAGCACGUACCGAUGUCAAGAUUUGGCUCUCCAUUGCGGAGGACUUCAUGUCCGUCCACAAUGUGCGUAGCGAGGCUCGCGUGGUCGCAGCGACCCUUUCCUUGGAUGACACGGCGAGCAAGUUGGUGUAUGCCAACGAGCGCCACGCAGAGGCAAAUGGCCAUCCUUUUGGCUGGGAGGAGUUCAAAGCUGCUAUGCUGACGGCAUUCCUGAGUCAGCCCCCGGCGCUCGAGGUGCGUAGCCGCCUAGAGAACAUCCAGUGCGGUGACCAGCCUGUACGCGAGUAUGCCAAGGAGUUCGAGAAAACUCUGUCGCUGCUGAAGACCGCUUUUCCUGAGAGCGAGGUCAUCCACCAGUUUUUCGAGCACAUUAAGCGUGUGCACGUUGUUCGAGGGGAGCACCAGUGGAAGACCUACAAGGAGUGCAAGGAGCAUGUCAUUGACACGGAUGUGAAUUUUCGUGCGUACAUGAGUCACGCUCGUGCUCAGCAGCCGCCUAGUGCCGAAGGCCCUUAG